AUGGGAGUUGAUGGAUGGGGCUGUGGGGGAAGCAUUUUGAGUGAUGCCUGUAUUUAUUUAAGGUCAAAUGAGGCAACCGGAGCUCUUCUUCUGACUGCGACAUUAUUUGUAGUCCUUUCUGCAUGCUUUAUGAUCCUUCUGCUGAUUAUGGAUGAAAUUUGGGCUUAUUUGGCGUCAUGUAUUAGCGCCGGUUUAUCUGUCAUCUUUGGAUUAGCUGGGAUCUUGCACCAUAUCGACACACAGGAAUGGUGGUCACCUUUUCUUGCAACCGUGGCAUUUUCAUUUACUGUCAUUCUCACAAUUCACCUUUGUGCUGAUAUAAUCGCCCAUCGACACCAAAUACGACGAGCAUUCGUUUAA